AUGACCUUCACUGGGCCAGUCGUUAUCGGCGGUCCGAAUGUCACCCUCCACGGAGAUGCUUCCUCCAUCUAUGAGCAGAUUCUCGCCAUCAACCCUACCUUUAAUGCGGAAGAAUUCCAGGAGCCUGAGGGAGGCUUGGAGGCUAGACAGACUACCAACAACUGGAAUUGCAACCAAGGAACGUACGUCGAAGCGUACUAUUCUCAGUGCGCCAACGCCAUCAACCGUUUGAUCACCCUGGGCACCAACUACUGCAGUGUGCCUGCCAGCACCUGUGCUCGCGUGGCCUGCUCCAACAGCUGCUCUAUCUACCUGUGCAACAACCGGUUUAUCGAGACGAGUGUGUACUGCAGUGAUAUCGCUGUCGAUAUGGGCAUCAUUGUGAGCAGGUGUGGCACUAUUGCCAACGGUGACACCCGGGCGAGAGGCACCCUGAGCUUCCCGAGUCACUACACUUAUCUUACGCAGCAGACUUGCUAA